UCUAGUGGCUCCCCCUAAUUUGUGGUGUUCUUGGUUUUCCCUGUAAAUAGUUGAAGUAAUGCUGCACCUGACGGGUCAGAACUACAAUGCGCGCGAUAUAAUCCGGAACAUUUUCUCGCCGCUGAUCGGCGUGCUGUCCAGUCCGCAGGCGGACGAGAUCUGUCACCGGAACAACCUCUCCUUCGUGGAGCUCCUGCAGCCGUUCGCAAAGUUGCCAAACGAUGCUCACUUUCGUGACGUUUCCGGGACGAGUGUCUCAGUUCGUGGGCUUCGCCUUAACUUUUGUGAUGUGGACUGGCGGCCGCCCCAAACGGUUUUGGCCAGGAAGAUGCUCAAUGAGUCGGUGUCCAAUGCAAACAAUGACAAAACUAGACUGGCUACUAUAGCUGACAUCGACCUCGAGUUGCCCACCUCAGAACCUUGGUUCGAGCAAUGGCGCGAGACUUUUUUGACUGUGCAAUUCCCGGCGGAUCAUGAGUUCACCCGCCACUUACUGAGCUGCUUGCUGGUAUUGUCCAGCGCUGAUCCACAGAUCGUGGAGACGGCCCACAAACUGGGACAACGAGUGCAGCAGAUGCAAAGCAUCACGCCUCAAAAGCUGCCUAAGUGGUUCCACCCCACCGAAGUGCUUAAUAGUUACGUGGUGCUGCACGAGGCUAGCCAGGGGGAUUUGUCAAAAGCGCAGCAAGGCUUCGAGCUGCUGAGGUCCACCUUUGGAGACAGCAAGUGCUUCCUGGUGUCCAUCAACUCGUUGGAUGGGCAGAGUGCCGCAGAGGUUCCGGAUCAUUGGGCAACAUUUAUCAAAAGGCAACCAAAAAGUGAUGCUAAUCUACCUUCGACGGAUUUAAGUGCACCGAAAUCGCCACAGGAAGCCGUUUCCGUCAUCACCAUGCCUGCCAUGCAGAUGUCACAGCUACUGGAUGGAGCCAAUGCUCAAGAAAGCGAUCUGGCCAUGCUGCAUCCACUGAGCCCCAUGCAGGAGAGUGCCACAGAGGCAAUUAAUUCAAAGUUUAGCAUAAGCAGCGAAAGCAUCGCCUCCCAAACCAUCAAUCCGAAUGUGUGGGCAAAUGAGUUGGAAGCGGAUGCCCCGCACGGCGUAUGUCUGACCAGUCGGGACAUUGAUAACCUUCGGCACUUUGUGCAAGACUAUGCUGUGCGUGCUUUGAUACCGUAUAUUGAGCAUUUGGUGGCUAUUCUCGCUGAGGGAGUGACCAACAAAAAGGGCGUCAGCAAAUCCCUCCUAAGCGCCACCAAACGGUGGUUUGUCACUAGCAAGCCCGGAGCAGGAGCAAACAAUCAAAAUGCAGUCAUCUACACCAACGAAUCUGCAGAGCUUCAAACUAGGAAGUUGGGCGACCUUUACUUUAUGUUUGGCCACUACAAUUUGGCUUUUCAAGCUUACCAUCAAGCUAAACGAGAUUUUAAUGCAGACUCUGCCUGGCAGUACUAUGCAGGAGCCUUGGAAAUGGCUGCUUUAUCUGCCUUCAUGUUGGGCACAGCCCAGCGAAAGACCUAUGACUAUAUGGAAGAUGCGAUCGUGUGUUACCUUACAGUGUGCAAAUUGCAGCAAUUCGCCACAAGAGCAACACUCUUGAGCAUGGAAUGUCUGAAAACAGCGCGACUAUAUAGCGAAGUGGCCAAGCAAUUAAUUCGCAUGACCAAUGAGGAAUCAGAUCUUCGCUCAGCUCUGUUGCUUGAGCAGGCAGCCUACUGUUUCUUGGUGACCCAACCGCCCAUGCACAGAAAGUAUGCCUUUCAUAUUGUGCUGGCCGGAAAUCGUUAUUCUCGCGCUGGUCAACGAAAGCAUGCGUAUCGUUGCUACCGUCAGGCCUAUCAGGUCUUCCAGAGGCGCGAGUGGAGUUUGGCUGAGGAUCACAUUCAAUAUACGGUGGCUAAGCAGGCCUACAUGCUGAAGCAACUCGAUGAGGCCAGUCGUUCCUUUGCUCACUUAUUGAGACCUGGAAGCCUUCAAAGUGCGCAACAGCAGAGCAGCUUUCUGAAGGAGUACAUUCAAACACAGAAUGAACUCUUGAAGCGCAGUCCUGAAUUGGGAUUGCUACCACACGCUUUACCCCAAGUAGUGCAAUCUUCCGUUCGAGUUCUUACCCUAGUGCAAUCACCAUCGGCUCUGGCACCACAAGUGCCGGCCACAAACAUAGACAUAAAUUCUAACCUGACCGCAGAUGAGUCUAUUUGGAACAAGAUAGAAGAAAUGCUCGUCAUUACGGCUGCCAAUAAUAAGCCGUUUGUGUUUAAGCCCUCAAGAUAUUUGUUCACCAAACAGCAGCCUGCAAUGGAAACUCCAAUCGCAGUGCAGGGUGAACCCAUAGAGCUGGCUGUGACCCUUUCCAAUAGCGUUCGAUGUGGGAUAGUUCUCUCUGAAAUCGAUAUACUGUGGAAACUAACAUUAGAUAAUGAGGAGGUCCUCUCCAACGCCUGCAUUUAUGGAGAAUCGUCGGAUAGUGCCAGCAAAAUAGCUGUUGGAGCUGCAAUUAAAACAAGUUGUGUGGCUUCAAUUAAACUAGCCGAACAGGCUGAGGAAACUUUGCACUUCAAACUGACUCCUAAGUUGACUGGACGCCUUAAUGUUCUUGGAGUGGUUUGUCGAGUAGCAGCCAGUGCGGAACCAGCCGCUAGUCUGCUAGGUACCUUGCAGUUCGAGACGCAAAAAAUCCGACCCAACAAUGCCAAGCAAUCCUCGCAGACUGUUUUGGACAAUAGAUUAACUAUAAAGUUGAUUCCCCAACUGCCCGCCAUGAAUGUUAGCUUUAGUCCUGUUCCCAGUCGACUUUUAGCUGGUGAAAUUGUACCCGUUUCGGUAACACUACGGAAUUUAGGGAUCACUCCGAUAGGGGAGAUUUACUUAGGAUGCGACAAUCCGCGCUGUGUGUCCCUCUUGGAUCAGAACAGUCAAAUGUCGCUGGCUAUGAUGAGUUCCCUUCGCAAUCUGUCUAAUGACAAACUCGUAAAGGACAAAGAAAUCCGUGGACAACGGGUUUACAAACUGCUUCAACGCCCAGGGCAGGCUGCGCUUGAUGCCCAGCAGGUUCAAACAAUAUCCAUGUGGUUGCAGGCUCCCCACCAGGCUGGACCCUUUACCCUUCGUCUACUCUUCUAUUACUCUAUACCAGUGGGAACAAAUGCUCACUUACGGUAUCGAUUGGUUCGGCACAUUUGGCAGCUGGAAGUAGAGAGCUGUCUGCAGGCUGAAUCCACUUGUGUGGUGAGCAAUGCCGUGACCAACGAACUGGGUCUUGAUGUGAACGUAAGAAACCAGCAUGCAGUUGAUGGAACCGAGGUUUACAUCAACUCGAUUUCCUUGUACUCCAAGGAAUUUGAUUUGAACCCACAUAAACUACACAUAAUGAACAGCAUGGGUGUCAGCCCGGGACAGGCGGAAGCACAGUGCCUCAAGUCUUCCAUAUGCUGCAACUUCCAGUGUCGCUUGCAGGAGAGGACAAAAAAAGAAGAUUUUCAAGACAUUCCAUCGAUCAAAACCUUGCUGCAAUCGCGACUUUCUCAUUUGAAAAUAAUGCCUGCGCAGCACGCCCAACAGGUAGAGCAGACUAUGCCCGCGAUACAAGAGCCGUAUAGCUUCCUUACCAAUGAGGAGACGGUGUAUUUUAAUACUAACAUCUCUACGGAGGAGUUCAACGCAAGCAUCGCUGCCUAUGUGCCGCACGCCACUCUGGCUAUAAGUUGGAGUGCCUUAGUGGCCAGAGAGGAGGGUCAACGGCUGGCCAGUGGCUUGCAUUUCAUAAAGCUUUAUAAAAUUUUUGAGACAGGCCACUGCCCGGCAGCGCCAAUGGGAGCUUUUCUUCGGAGAAGACCGUCUUCCGACGACUCCACAGAUAGUCGACGGGAGUUCCCACUACCUGAGGAAGCAAUCAACAAUGAGGAGGCCUGCCAACCUCUGGCUGACGCCGAUGAAGAGGACUACUGGGAGCCCAAUGAUAACUAUGUCGGCCAACGGUGUCUAUUGGAGGAUGAGACUUUUGUGAUGGCUGUUAAAGCUUAAAUCUGUCGUCAACUUGCGUCUGUAAAUCACUACAUGCCAUCUGUUGAGAUCGGUUAAGAUGCUUUAAUAUGGUUUCCUCAUUUAUCAUUAACUUGGGGUAGCAGAGUUCGAUUAUAAUAGUUUAUCCUUGAGAAAUAUUUUUCUGAUCAGCAUUCACGGUCUGAAUAAAAUCAUUAUUUCACAAACUUAAAA